CAGCGGCAGACUCUGGGUCACGCGGGGACGAGAAUUCCUAUGCUGUUAGCAGAUUUUCAAGGAGCACGAUGCGCCUGACCUGGCAUUCGUUCCCUCGCUCGCCUCCACUGUCGCCACUUGGCCCUCACGAUGCUUCGUCCUAGUAGCAGAGUGUCUCCCACUUUCCGUUCAACCGUUCCCGAGCCCGCGUCAAGCCUUGAGCACUGCCUGUGCAGGCAGUGCUGGCUGUGCAUUCAGUGCGGGCUGGGCCCUUCAAGGGCAGAGAUGGUAGCGGCGACCGCACUGGUCAAAACGUCAUCCGAGUGCGACCGCACUUGAAGUGGCUAUCGAUGCAAGAUCCGCGUCUGCUUUCAGCAGCAUUUUUCAUCCCGAGGUGGCGGUUUUUCUUGCGUCCCGUGCUAGGGUAUUCACCUAACAAACUCGUACUGCCAGUCGAGCCGCCAUGCCGCAUUCCUCAGAUGCGAUCGGCUCGCCGUCCCGAUCCCAAUCCUCGUCGCUCGCCGUUAAGCCGUGGUCCGCCGAGGAGGACGCGGUUCUGCUGCGUCAUGCGCUGCACUGUGGCACGAGGCAGUGGGGCAUGUUGGGGAGGAGAGGUCAGCUGAAGAGGAACAACAAGUCGUGCUGUAACCGUUACAUCUUCCUCAGAAGGAAAUUCGUUCAACGCUUUCAGGAAAUUCUUCUGAGAGAGCACUUGGGAGGCAGUGCAUUCUCCCGGCGCAUAGCCUUGGAGGCGCACAGCCAGUUGCUGCUGAGGCGUGACGGUCAGCAGCAGCAAUACUGGCAGCAGCAGCAGCAGCAGCAGCAGCAGCACCCGGAGCAGCAGGCUGGCGUGGGUUCACUCGGGUCACCACCGUCGCCUGGUCUUACUUUCGGUGGGCUGUCUUUUGACCAGUGCAGGCGCGUCUUCCUCUCGCCUAAUGCUCACCGCCCUACAGCCCAGGCGAGCCUCGCGACUGCCUUCUGCACUGCUGCUGCCUCUUCUGAUGGCGCUGCUCUCUCCACUGCUGCUGCUGCUGCUUCUUCUGCUGCUGUCUUCAGUGUUGCCUCUUUCCCCGAUCCCGCUCUUGUCUCCAGUGCUGGGUCAUUCAAUGCCGCUUUUCCCAAUGCUUCCGCUGCCUGCAAGCUGCCCAUGAAGCGAGCGAGGGAGGACUACGGCGGGCUUCUGGCGGACCCAUCCCUGUCGGGUCUGGCUGGGAGUGGGUGGGCCAGCCGCACGCUGCACCACUCGCAGUCCUUGGAAGAUCUUUUCCUGCAGCAGGGAGGAGAGAGAAGCGAAGUGCAGGCAGCGCUGUGGGCUCGCGUGGUGUCAGAGAGCGCCCUUCCUGACGAUGUGCUGUUGGGUUUUAGCAGCGAGGACCCUGGCGUCAGCGUGCCGUUUGCAGCACUGCCAGCGCCACUGCCAGCCCCUUUCUCCGCCCAGCCACCACAGGCAGCAGCACUGCCAGCGCCACUGCCAGCCCCUUUCUCCGCCCAGCCACCUCAGGCAGCAGCGCUGCCAGCGCCACUGCCAGCCCCUUUCUCCGCCCAGCCACCUCAGGCAGCAGCACUGCCAGCGCCACUGCCAGCCCCUUUCUCCGCCCAGCCACCUCAGGCAGCAGCACUGCCAGCGCCACUGCCAGCCCCUUUCUCCGUCCAGCCACCUCAGGCAGCAGCACUGCCAAAGCCACUGCCCACCCAACUCGCAGCUCCGACUGGUUCUGUUCCCAGGGGGAUUUGCAGCUGCUUGGGAGGGACGCCCUCCUUUGAGAAUGGUUGUGCGGGGCAGGAGAUGCCGGCCUUCAUGGGCGCAUGCACCACAGUGCCGAAAAUCGACCCUCAGUUUCUCAAUACGCAUGUGGCUAACCUGUGCAUGCCUGCGCCUGCCUCCUACCUGCCCACUGAGGCCACUGAGGCCAGUGAGGCCAGUGAGCCUCAGGGACGGCCGCUGGCAGGCUGCCUUCUUGAGCCAGCGCUGCCAGAGCGGGCGCUGGAGCAGGGAGGGAUGAGGGAAUGGGGCCAGAAAGGUGGUCAAGCACGCAGGCAUCAGCACCCAGUGGGGCAAGGAAGAGUCAGUCUUCCACAGAGGCGCCACCAGCAGCAACUGAAUGACCAUCAGCGUCUGGAGCUCCAGGGGAUUCCCUCACUGCUAGAGCCUUAUCCACAAACACUGCCAGAGCCGCUACAUCUGGAACAGGCGUUGGCACUGGCACCAUCACAGGCAUGGGAACAGGCAUCGGCACUGGCACCGUCACAGGCAUUGGAGCAGGCAUUGGCACUGGCCCCGUCACAGGCAUUGGAACAGGCAUUGGCACUGGCACCGUCACAGGCAUUGGAACAGGCGUUGGCACUGGCACCGUCACAGGCAUUGGAACAGGCAUUGUCACUGGCACCGUCACAGGCAUGGGAACAGGCAUCGGCACUGGCACCGUCAGAGGCAUUGGAACAGGCAUUGGCACUGGCACCGUCAGAGGCAUUGGAACAGGCAUUGGCACUACCAUCAUCACAGGCAUUGGAACAGGCGCUGGCUCUGGCACCGUCACAGGCUUUGGAACAGGCUUUUGCACUACCAUCAUCACAGGCAUUGGAACAGGCGUUGGCACUACCAUCAUCACAGGCAUUGGAACAGGCAUUGGCACUACCAUCAUCACAGGCAUUGGAACAGGCGUUGGCUCUGGCACCGUCACAGGCUUUGGAACAGGCUUUUGCACUAGCACCGUCACUGGCUCUUGGAGCAACCAAUUCUAACCCCCUAGGAUCACUCUACAUGCCCUCUACCCCUAGCGGCUCACACAUGCAUGCUUCCAGAUGACCAGGCCCUGCUUUGCUGCAAGGCCCUCGAUCUUUUCACCAUCUCGCAUGCCUGCUGCCCCGGCGCACUUAAAGCCACGCCCUGCCUUGCCGUGGGAACCCCUAUCCCUUCAUCAGCUCUCAUGAACCCAGCACCUGUUCCUCGACCCAGUGCGGCUAAUGCUCUGGGACGUGAUGGGGCUUCUUUGUAUGCCACAUUAGCUCCUGGCAUCGACCCGAAUAUGCUCGCCUCAACUUAUUUAUUUGACCUUGGAGGAACAACUGACUUCACUCCGGUCCAGAGUGCGGUCGCUGGGAUGGGAGCAUGAUUGUCCACAGCGAAACUUUGCAUGCACCCAUCAGCUUUCCACAUACAGGCAUGUGCCUUUUGUGAUGGCACAGUGGCACCAUCCGCACAUACGUAUCAUCCGGUUUUUUUAGGGUGACCAAACGCCUGAUGUUGCUGUUAAAGCCUGAGUCUAAAAUAGCAUAGGGGGGGUUCAAGAAAGCCCCUCUUGAUGUAGGACACUCCUGUUAAUUUUUUAAAAACAGCAGCAAGAACUAUUUAUGA